AUGUUGAGAAGUACUUUUGUUCUGUGGGAUUUCGAGUAUACCUUAUAUGUCUAUGUCUUCAUCUUCAUCAUUCUCCUAAUUAUCUGGCAAGUAAAAAGGAGUUACCACGGAUUAAGGCUGGAACCUCAAAGGAGCUGCUGCCCGCGUCACCGAAGAGUCAGGAUAAGAGAUGCAGCAUUUAGAGCUAGGAGACUUUCCCGGGAAGAAGCUGAGAAGCCAUGGGAGCUGCUCUCUGUCAUGAAAAGCCAGGGCUGGCUUCCUCAGGAGGGAAGUGUGCGACGGCUCCUGUGUGCAGAUACCUGCUGCCAAAUCUGCAAUUCUAUGGCUCUGGAGAUUCAGCAGUUGCUGGCGGGUGAGAACACCCUGAUCUGUCCCCCUUCAUCAGAGCCAUUGCAGGGGUCCUCUUGCCUAGAGAUUUUGUCCAUGUCUAAUGUGUCUUUAGAACAGAAUCUGGACCAAUGUUCCCUACACUCCAAAGCACUUGUAUAUCCAUCUGUAACACCCCCAGUGUUGCAAUCAAUAGAUCAGAAAUGCUUAACACAGUCAGCUGCCCAGUCGACUAGUACAGCCAGGGUACACAAUUACUGGGCUGAACACCACCAGCUGGGGCAAGGAUUUCAAAUAACUGAGGUGCCCAGGGGCCAAGAGACUAUGUCUUGCUCAAGACUUGAGGAGGCUAGGUUAACAGUGAACCAGCAGGAGAUGAUGCAGAGCACCCCCAACCAUGUCUAUGGGAACCAAGGGCAGCAGCCCUUGAAUUCCCAGGUCACUCUGCACACCCUAAACCACGAAUUCACUACCCAGACACACCCUAUGGCCUUACAUAUGGUUACUGUCCUCCCUGCCAACCUGCCAUUCCUCAGUCCUGAAGUCCUGAGGCUUCUUGAGGUACAUGUGAAAAAAUGGAUGCAUUUCCAGAGAUGGGGGCUUCCCAGACGUGUGGAGGAGUCCCUAAGGCAGCUUAUGCCAAACCCGCCAUUCUUUUGCCAACGUGUAAAUGACCAACCAGCUUCUUUCAUCCCAAAUGAUACUUCUAAGUUCUCUGUUGAAAAACUGGGGACCUAUUCCUACCAGAACUGGGGUCCAUUUAUGGGCAGCCAGCCUACCCAGGCCUUCUGGGUUUCUGAAUGGUCCACUAUGGACCCAGAACAAAGACACCACCACCAGCAAAUCCCAAACCAUAUGGCUCUGGCUUUGCUGUCUCCAGCCCUUAAAGAAUCACAUCGUCUCUAUCCACAUCCUGGGCACCAGGCUCAUGACUCAGUGGCCCAUCUGCAGCAGAAAUACAGCCAGCUAUUCUGUGGCCACCCCUCUCUGCACAGUGAGUCCCUGGUCAACACAUUAAUAGGUUCUCAAAACUGCUCCACAAAUGGCAGCAUAUCCCAGCACCCCCUGAAGGAUGCUCUUCUCUUCAAGGAACUCUCUGUCCUCCCCCUGCUGCCUAAAACUGUACCCCAAUCAGUCCCACCCUCUUCCCCAUCUUCCCCAAAUUGGGUCACUCCAUCUGAUUACCAACAAGCUCAGAUCAGUGUUCCAUUAUUGACGCUGGCUGAGUGUGAUGCCUUGGAGUGGCACCUGCUGCAGAAGCAGCUCCAGCUUCAGUGGGGCUUGCCAGCGGUUUUCCAGAGACCUCAGCACAGCCAGAGCCCCAUACAGUAUAGGCCCUGUGGCAAAGCCCAGUCUCCAGAGACAGUGAAAAGUUUUUGGCCAGUGAAGCCCAUCACAGUCCUCACUAGGAAACUACUCUUCUUUCCGGAACAUGCCCGGAGGCUGCUGGAAUUCCAUCUCCAGAGGCAGCUGAUUCACCAUCGUUGGGGCCUGCCCCAAAAGAUCCAGGAGUCCAUCCAGUUGCUCCUGUCCCCCACUGAUCAGUCAACUCUGUCCUGGAGUAGCACAGCCCUAGCCAACAUGAGUGCUCCCCAACCUACAGCCCUAGAAACCACUGGGGCCGGUGACCCAUUCUCACCCUUCACAGACCCAGUGUCAGUCCCCAUGCCACACUUUUUUGACCAGGCCAAGGCAAUAUUACAGAGCCACAUCAACUCCAAAUGUGGGCAGAUCCACCAGGGCAAGGUCCCUGCUUGUGUAUACAGCUCUUGGCAGUACAUAAUUCCUGGGGACCUGCAAGUGGCUCCCUUAACCUGCAUCCCAGAAAGCAAGCCCUUGGAGCUGCAGGCAGCAACUGACCCUGCCCCACAAGAGAAAGCUAUACCCUGGAUGCCAAUGGCCCUUGACCAACGGCAACAAGCCUCACGAGAUGCUGUCACUGAACACCCUAAGCUGCCCCAAGCCCUGUCUGAGGGAGCCAUUGAGAAACUGGAGACAACUUUGCGGCACAAGUAUCUGGCCUUCUUGUCAGGGCUGCCUGCUCUUUAUUAUGUGGCUCUUUCUAGGGCCAUGGGACCAGCAAUCACUACCCAAGAUGUGAUCACAGGAAUGGUGCCUGGAUCUGGAAAAUUCCCAACUGAACCUCUGACUCAGAUGAUCUCAUCUGAAGAGAAAUGUCUGAGUCUUGGGCCAUGCUUUCAAGAUGCCAACAACACCUGUGCAAACACUGCAGAUGAGUUCCAGGCUGAAAAGCGGGUAGAAGGAAUGAUUGAGACAGUGCAUCUAGAAAGCCAGACAGAGACUUCUGGGCCCUACACACUCAAGAAACCCAUCUUGGCCAAAUUAAAUUUCCAUCUAAGAAAGAAGAUCCUAGAGAUACAACUGGGAAUUCCCAUAAAGGCAAGGAAGUCCAGAGAACAAACUAUAGCAAUCCCAGAGAACACAACCACACAGGAGUCUCCAGGGAAUCUGAACAACCAAGGGAAAACAUUGCUCCAGGAUCUCCGCACCCCACCAGAUGUUCCUCGUGCCCCAGAUCCAGAAUGGCUCCACCUUAAAGAACAGCUGGCCAUUGAGUUAAAGGCAGUGCAGCAGAACCAGAAGCAACCUAGUUCCAGAGCAGUACCCCAUGGUUCUGCCCACUGGGCCUCUAAGAUCUCACAACCCAGUGGCGACAUGACAGAGGCCCAGGUACUUUGUGUUCAGCUUGAGGGCAGUGUGAACAGCCCCAGCCUGGAGGAACCCUGGAGCCCUGAGCCCCAAAGCCCCAGCAAGAGCAAAGACUCAGCCCAAGUUCCCAUGCUGGCAGAAAAGAGAAAGGACCCAGGGAAACACAAAUUGGCAGGGGACCAUGGAGAAGGGGAUGCCGGGCUUGCGCACUGCUCUACAAGAGAAAUAAGCCACCCUGAUGCAGCCCAGAGGCCAGAAGGGACGAACAGGACACCAUGCAGUCCCUGGCUACGAAGCCAUAGCUUUCAUCUUGAUGCUUUCUGUGAACAUAGUACCCAGCACCCUCAGAUUAAGCUUCCAGAGCCACCUCCAAGAAUCCCCAGGAGGAAGGAAUCUAAGAAGAAUGACCUGCAGGACAGUCAAACCAAGCUCAAUGUCCUUCUCAAACCAGCAAUGAUUUCUAAGAAUGCCCAGCCUAUGGUGCCCCAGGCAUCAAAGAGCCAGUCUAUCCUGGGCCAACUCAUUCAGGGCAAGCCUUUUCAGGGACAAACUUUGAAAGGUCAAGUUUUGCAGCGGCAGGUGAUGCCAGUCCAUACUAAUAAGAGGCCCAGCCUUACAGAAUCUGGCUUGAGAAGUAAGAUGAAAUCCUUUCUGCACUGUUUUAACACCAAGACAAAAGGCAAAGGGCAUGAGGAAUCCAUGUUCUCUACAGCUGCGAAGGCGGCAAAUACCAGAAGAGAAAAUGUAGAAAAGAGCCUGGCUCCAGCCAAAAGUCCCACAGGGCGAACCAAGACAGAGAAAACAGGAGGGGACUCCAAGGCCCAAUCUUCCCCCACUGAGAAGCAGGUGUGCCUAGCCUUCUUGGAUGGUCUCCAUUCCCCAGACAGUAAACUCCGGCACCGCUCCCACUCCCAGCAACUCCACUCUGCCUCAGUCCUGGGCCACCCCCGCCACUGCCCUCGGCACUGUCCUAGAGUGGCUUUUGCUACCCAACCAGGGAACUUGCCCUAG